AUGAAUCGAUACCGGAACGCACCAGGCAUCAGAGGCCCUACCAAGGCGACUGCCAGUACUCUGUGUCAAAAAUGCUUGAAGCGAGAUAAUUAUGAAUGCACGGUAUCUGCACAGGAACGACCAUAUACAUCUCGACCUUCUCGCACACAACAACUGCAAAACCCCAAUCUGCGGCCGAAGCUGACGACUGAUGUUCCAAACGAACUGUUAGGGUCUAGAGGUGUCGCCGAUGAGAUAUUAGCAAGACGAGGAGAGGAACGAGGUCGCAAGAGGGAGCUAGGGGAUUCAGAUCCAUUUGAUGACGGCCAUCAUGCAUCGAAGCGGAGUAGGUCGGAGUCGUCCCACUCAAUGUCGUCAGUCUCAACGAUAUCGACCAGUCGAUCGCAUUCAGUCUCGCCGCCACGGCAUGAUGUUUAUACUGAAAGCAGGGGGCGAGACCGAGCACAAUCAGUGUCGUCGCCUCAGCCACAAACAAGAAAGAGACGAUACAGUGACUCAUUAUCCGAUCAUACUGGCUCUCCUUACUCUUCCGGUGGGCGACAGCGCUCUCGAUCGAGGGAAUGGGAGACAGACAGAAACACAAGACGAAGGCGUCGGGAAUCUAGCCCUGAAGAGCGUGGUCGACCUAGGAACAUCUCUGAGGACGGCAGCCGGAGGGGUAGGACACGGAGCCUAAGUAUGGACCAGAGUCGAAUUGCCAAAGAAAGGCGGUCGGCGACUCCAGAUACAGUGAAGGGACGGCAUCAUCCAACAAGAGAUUUGGAGGGAAACAUGAGCCGGUCGAGGCACCUGGACGGCCAGCGCAAUCACGCCUUCAGCGGACCUAUGUCCGGUUCAGCGCGCAGGGAAAGAAGCCUCAGUCCUUACAGUAAGCGCCUGGCGCUGACUCAGGCCAUGAACAUGGAACGCUGA